UCUGAUUAGGAGGGUGAAAGAAAGUACUGGAAUGAAUUCCAAUGUAUUGACGAUGAGCGAGAAGGGGGAAAAUAAGGAAAUGGUGACCGACAACAACCCUUAUUAUGGCACAUUCCAAGGCGUCACCAAUUAUUAUCCUCCGUCUUUUCCCUCCGCUUACCACCAACAACAACCCUACCAUCUUCUUCCAGUUUAUGCCGUUCCUGAAAGAAGGCCAUUGAGAGAACGUCGACUUCCCUGUUGUGGACUUGGUGUAGGCUGGGUUUUGUUCAUAAUUGGUUGGUUUCUUGGUGGUGUUCCUUGGUACAUUGGAACUGUUGUUUUAGUAUUUGUGCAAAUGGAUCAUAGAGAAAAACCCGGACUCAUUGCAUGUGCAUUGGCUUCGUUGGUUACUUUGAUGGUGGUUGCCCUUGGUGUCACACAGGCAGAUCUUCAAAAGUUCACAUGAAGCACAAAACCAUGACAUUUUUUUAUUGUAACUUGCACUUUUAACUUCGGUAUAAA